AUGUUGGGGGGCGGGAAGAUGAAGGGCGGGGACGCGGUUAGCGGCGGCGGCAGCAGCAACAUUAGCCCCAUGGUGUCCUUCCUGCUGGGCGCCGCCGUGGCCACCGUCUGCGUCCUCUUCUUCAUGUCCGCCAGCCCCGGCCGCAGCCUCGUCGACGUCGCCGCAUGGAGCCACGACAACGGCACCGCCGCCCAGCACCACCACCACCUGCGCUCCGUCGCCGACGACGCCGACGCCGCCCGCAACCUCUCCGUCGUCGUCGCCGCUCCGGCACCCGCCCCCGUCCAGCGAACAAUGCAGGCGUCGCCGUACGGGGACCUGGAGGAGGUGCUGGCGCGGGCGGCGACGGCGGACCGGACGGUGAUCAUGACGCAGAUCAACGCGGCGUGGACCAAGCCGGGCUCGCUGCUGGACCUCUUCUUCGAGAGCUUCCGCACCGGGGAGGGCGGCGUGGCGCGCCUGCUCGACCACCUCGUCAUCGUCACCAUGGACCCGGCGGCGUACGCGGGGUGCCAGCUCGUGCACCCGCACUGCUACUUUCUCAGGACGACCGGCGUCGACUACCGCGGCGAGAAGUUCUUCAUGAGCAAGGACUACCUCGAGAUGAUGUGGGGCCGCAACAAGUUCCAGCAGACCAUCCUCCAGCUCGGAUACAACUUCCUCUUCACGGACGUGGACGUGAUGUGGUUCCGUGACCCGUUCAAGCACAUCUCCAUGGGGGCGGACAUCGCCAUCUCCAGCGACGUCUUCAUGGGGGACCCCUACAGCCUCGGCAACUUCCCCAACGGCGGCUUCCUCUUCGUGCGCUCCUGCAACAAGACCAUCGAGUUCUACCGCCACUGGCAGGCCGGCCGCUACCGCUUCUUCGGCAAGCACGAGCAGGACGUGUUCAACCUCAUCAAGCACGACAUGACGGACCGCCUCGGCGUCGCCAUCCAGUUCCUCGACACCACCUACAUCAGCGGCUUCUGUCAGCUCAGCAGGGACCUCAACAAGAUCUGCACCCUGCACGCCAACUGCUGCGUCGGGCUCGGGGCCAAGCUGCAUGAUUUGAGGAAUGUGCUGGACGUGUGGAGGAACUACACGGCGGCGCCGGUGCCCGACAAGAGGGCCGGCAAGUUCCAGUGGAAGGUGCCCGGGAUAUGCAUCCACUGA